ACUACACCACAGAAGAAAGAGAGAGUGGGAGAAAGAAAGAUUGGGGUAGAAAAGAAAGAACGGGUGAUAUAAGGAUGUGGAAGAGUGUGUGUUUAGUGCUAAUGUGCGUUGGACUGACGCACGCUCAGUUCCCACGUCAGUGUGUGACACCAGAAGGUCUGCGGAGUGGCACCUGCUGCCCAUCACCUACUGGACUGCCCAAUGAUGAGUGUGGAUCCAGCACCGGGAGAGGACAAUGUGUGUCCAUUACUGCUGACCGCCGGCCGCACGGGCCUCAGUAUCCUCACGAUGGGCGGGAUGAUAGAGAACGAUGGCCACUUCGGUUCUUCAACAGAACCUGUCAAUGCAACGGAAACUUCAGUGGAUUUAACUGUGGGCGAUGCCGACACGGUCUGACAGGGCCAAACUGUGAUCAAAGAGUCACCGUGGUGAGACGUGACGUCAUGCAGAUGUCUGCAGAUGAGAAAAGAGCCUUUGUGAACGCCCUGGACCAGGCUAAAAGAACUGUCCAUCCUGACCUGGUCAUCUGUACCCGCCGCUAUCAGGAGAUUUUCGGCCCGGAUGGAGCAAGUGUACAGUUUGAGAACAUCACCAUUUAUAAUUAUUUUGUCUGGACCCACUACUUUUCGGUCAGUAAGACAUACAUGGGUCCGGGCCAGCAGAGCUUCGGAGGUGUGGAUUUCUCUCACGAAGGACCAGGAUUUGUCACUUGGCACCGGUACCACCUGUUGCAACUGGAGAGAGACAUGCAGGACAUGCUGGAGGAUCCGUCGUUUGCCCUGCCAUACUGGAACUUUGCAAUAGGAGGCAGUGAGUGUGAUAUCUGCACAGAUGACCUGCUGGGAGCCAGAAGCAGCUUUGACACCAAUGGCAUCAGUUCCAACUCUGUGUUCUCUCAGUGGAGAGUCAUCUGUGAGAGUGUGGAGGAGUAUGAGACACUGGGGACCAUCUGCAACAGUACAGAGACAAGUCCGAUCAGAAGAAACCCUGCCGGUAAUGUGGCUCGACCCAUGGUUCAGAGGUUACCAGAACCACAGGACAUCAUUGACUGUCUCGAGCUGAACACUUUCGACACACCACCUUACUACUCAACUUCUUCUCAAAGCUUCAGGAACACUAUUGAGGGUUACAGUGCUCCCCAGGGAAACUACGACCCAGUAGUGAGGAGUCUGCACAACCUGGCUCAUUUGUUUCUCAAUGGCACAGGUGGACAGACUCACCUGUCACCAAACGACCCCAUCUUUGUCCUGCUUCACACGUUCACUGAUGCCAUCUUUGAUGAAUGGCUUCAGAGACACACUGCUGCAGGAACAGUGGUCUAUCCUGAAGAAAACGCUCCGAUUGGGCACAACAGAGAGUUCAAUAUGGUUCCUUUCUGGCCGCCAGUCAGAAAUGCUGAAAUGUUCGUCGCUGCCCCAGACAACCUGGGCUACACCUAUGAGGUUCAGUGGCCAACUCGGGCAUACACUAUUUCAGAGAUCAUCACCAUAGCGAUUGUUGCCGUGGUGCUUGUUGUGGCUGUAGUGGGCGGAGUCAUCGGGUGUGCUGUUCGGGCUCGUUCUUACCGCUCGGCCGAGGGCCUGGAGCCGCUGCUAGGGGAACAGUUCAGGCGUUACACAGAGGAGGAGCGGCAUGCUUCUCAGUCUGUGGUGUGAUUGAGAAACUUAUAAAAAAAAAUACAUUUUUAUUAUUAUUAUUUUUUGCACUGUGCAUCCACACUGUACUGGAGGAGUUGAAUUAUGAAUUAUUAGGACUCAAAAUCACUAUAAAAGUAAAAGGGGCUCAAUUUAUGACUAUUUAUUAUCAGAUUUUUAAUGUCCAGUGAGACACUGAGAAUACAGUCAUAUGCGCCAUAAAACACAUUUAAAUGAGUUUAUGCACUGCUUAUGAAUGCCCACAUGACUUAUGGUUAUUGUACAGUGUGGCCUAUUUUAUAUUACUGAGUAUAAUAAUUCUGAUUUUGUGUAUUUUACACUCAAAUUUAUUUAACAUUUUAUUUUACGAUUCAACAGCAACUGAAAUAGAGACAGAUUUCAAGAAUAUUGAAAUAAGAAAAUUAUAAAUAAAUAUUUUAAGUAGAUUUUAUAUAUGUUUUACUAAAUUAUUAUUUAAAAACGAAAAACCAUUUCGUUUCGAUACCAUAACAUAACAUUCCUGAUAGUGUCCAUACACAGGCUCAAACUGUUAUAUGACAUGUAUUGUGUAAUGCCAUAAUAGUGUUAUGAUUUAUAAUCAAACCUAUCAGAACAAAAUUGCAAGAGUGCAGAGUAAAAAGUGUCUUGGUUAAUUAAAGUGCGACGACAGAACCUGGCAAAUAAUUUAGCAAUUUUGGAACAGUAUACUUUUCUGUAAUUAACAUUCAAUAAUUAAAAUAAUAAUUAAGAACUAGGUUUGUGUAAUUAAUUUGUAUUCAAGAGGCUUAUUUUUAAGAGGAGCAUUUUCAUUUGCCAAAGAUGAAUUGGAUGUUAAAGCGUGAUCAUAUCCACUGUGAUGCAUGAUUAUGAUGCAGAUUAAAACAUUUGGAAUGACAGCUGCCCUCGUGGCAACUAUUAACAUUUGAUUUUCUGCUGAUAUUUAAAGGGCAAUCAAUCAUGAAACAUAUUCAUCCCAUUUCACCCUAUGUCACCCUAUUUAUGAAGAAAAGACAUAAAAUAAAGUAUAUUUCCUCUCA